GCGGGUGGGGGCGGGGGCCGUGCGCUCCACCCGGCUGGCGCGUCUGUGGGCAAGCGGGCGGGGCCGGCCAUAUAGCGUCUCGCCCGCCCAAGGCGCUAGUGCGCGGGGCAGUGCGCAGCGGGCGGGCGGGGACAGAGGCCCGAGAGACGCAGCGGCAGGCACCCCAGCGGCCUGGAGCAGGGCGAGCACCAUGAGCUACAAAUGCGACGUGGUCGUGGUGGGGGGCGGCAUCUCAGGUAUGGCAGCAGCCAAACUUCUGCAUGACUCUGGCCUGAAUGUGGUAGUUCUGGAAGCCCGGGACCGUGUGGGAGGACGGACUUACACCAUUAGGAACCAAAAUGUUAAAUAUGUGGACCUUGGAGGAUCCUAUGUUGGGCCAACCCAGAAUCGCAUCUUAAGGUUGGCGAAGGAGCUGGGAUUGGAGACCUAUAGAGUGAAUGAUGUUGAGUAUCAGAUCCACCAUGUAAAGGGCAAAUCAUACCCCUUCAAGGGCCCAUUCCCACCUGUAUGGAAUCCAAUUACCUACCUAGACCAUAAUAACCUUUGGAGGACAAUGGAUGAUAUGGGGCAAGAGAUCCCCAGUGAUGCCCCAUGGAAGGCCCCCCUUGCGGAAGAGUGGGACCACAUGACCAUGAAGGAGCUGCUGAACAAGAUCUGCUGGACUAGAUUUCUGUGGAACCAUGGUCAUCGAGGGAGAGGAAGCUCCAGUUGCCUACACAUUGGAUGAUACCAAACCUGAUGGCAACUAUGCCGCUAUAAUGGGAUUUAUCCUUGCUCACAAAGCCAGAAAACUGGCGCGACUUACCAAAGAAGAAAGGUUAAAGAAACUUUGUGAGCUCUAUGCAAAAGUCUUGGGCUCCAAAGAAGCUCUGAAGCCGGUACAUUACGAAGAGAAGAACUGGUGCGAAGAACAGUACUCUGGGGGCUGCUAUACAACCUACUUUCCCCCUGGGAUCAUGACUCAAUAUGGAAGGGUUCUACGUCAGCCAGUGGGCAGGAUUUUUUUCGCAGGCACUGAGACUGCCACCCACUGGAGUGGCUACAUGGAGGGCGCUGUGGAGGCUGGAGAGAGAGCGGCCCGAGAAGUCUUGCAUGCCAUAGGGAAGAUUCCAGAAGAUGAAAUCUGGCAGCCAGAACCAGAGUCUGUGGACGUCCCUGCGCAGCCCAUCACCACGACCUUCUUGGAGAGACACUUGCCCUCCGUUCCAGGCCUGCUGAGGCUGAUUGGAUUAACCACUGUCGUUUCAGCAAUAGCACUUGGCUUCCUGGCCCACAAAAGGGGCCUACUUUUGCGGAUCUAAAGAGAAGCCGUCUGUAAUUACCCUCUCUUCUUACUCUGGCUUGUGGAUUUGGGGAAGGGGUUGCCAUGAAAUUCCGUGACAGCAUAAAGAAUGCAGCAGGAAGCAUGAGAUUAAGUCAAAUCACAGGAAGCACAGUAUCACUUUCUCUGUUUCGACCCUGGCUAGUGUUCCAUACCUAAUUUAGUGCUCUGUCUCACCAAUUUGCAGAUUUACUGACCUUAGGAUCUUUAGAAUAAAUAGCCUUAUGGGGCUUGCUUUCCCAUAAUGGACCUUACCCACUCACAUCCAGCUAGUUUUCUCCCACUUCUAGCGCUUUGUGCUUGUCCUCACCUUCCCAGGUUCUCUGCAUUUGUCCCUAGAAGUCUAUAUUGGUAUAGCUGAAUUUUGUGUCAUUAUAGCUUAGCAUCUAGUCUUCACCUUCUGUUUUAGAGUUGAGUAAAGUGAAACCCACAGAGAUGCAACUUAAUCAGCCAAGGUCCAUGAUAAACCACUGGUAUAUGGACAACUAGGACAGAAAUUCAAUGCUUUUCCCACUUCCCUAUAAUCUCUUGGGAUAUGUUCUCCAACUGUCCUCCUCUAGCCAUUGUCAGAGUUGUCCAUGGUGUCCCCUGUGUGUGUUUAUUCUGUACUAAAUUGUCUUGUGCUGCUCAAAUGCUACUCAGUAUAUAUCCAUAGGUCUUGCUAUCUUCUGCAGUGUCUCUGAGCCGACUUUAAUUUUUUUAAGAGCAGUAAUCUUAUCUUUGCCUUUAUAUCAUAUUCUCCAUUAUGUCUAGAUACAAAGGUCAGUACCCACUUGGGUAAUUAAAAAUAAAGCUGAUUGACCAAA